AUGCCCUCCCCCAUCGCAGAUCGCCGAAAAGCGCGUUCCAAAAACGGGUGUUUGACAUGUCGUAUCCGAAAAGUCAAAUGUGAUGAGCAAAGACCUGUUUGCAAACGCUGUGAGAACAGUCCCAAUAAGUGUGAAUGGCUCGAACCGGGCCAGGCAUUAAGUGCAAGGGGGAAGAGGGUUGAGAGUCCUGCGUAUGGAAGUCCGCGAUUGUUGGCAUCGAGUGAAUCGCCUGCGAGCUUUGACUCUGGAAGUCCUGUUUCGCCGGCGAGUGGCCAUGACUUUCACUUUCCACGGUCGCAUUUAUCAGCGGCGCAUAUAUUGCUUGCGAAUUCACUACAGCUGAGCGAACAGGACAGGGCGGCUUUUGCGUACAUACCUUAUUCGACUAUGGUGGUGAGUUAUGGAAAGCUCUGGCAAUGGAGUAACUUCUCGUAUAUCUAUACGAAUAUCGCGAAUGUGUAUCCCGGCGUGAUGAGGAGUUUCAUCGCAGUCGCGAAUAUGGAGCUACGAGCGAAGGAACUUCUUAUCGCACAAGAGGUGGUCGAUGCGAGUGCCUCGUUGGAGAGGGCGAGUCGCCUUGCAGCUGCGGCGGCGGUGCAUUAUACACAGGCGCUAAAAGACCUGUCAUCGUUGUUGGAUCGUAUCUGUCAGACGCCGGAGCAGGAUUGUGAUAUCGAUGCGCUGUUUACGAUGUGGUUUCUAAUCUUAAGAUACGAGGCUUGUGAUUCGGGGACUACCGGGGCGUCGUUGCUGCAUCUCGAUGGAAUACGGUUGUUUUUGGGGCCGUAUUUGCGGGAUGGUGGACAGGCGACUGGAAAGAAGUUACCAUGCGUUGCGCAAGCGAUGCUGCUGUAUACAUUAUACCUCGAUGCGGACUCGGCAACAGGCAACAUGAACAGCGGACAAUUCUGUCUUGACUUUUUAUCUCGCGACGCUCAUGACUACAUCUCACAUGAACACCUUUUUCUCAGCGUUCGAUCAGCUCUUCCCAAGAUGUGGGGUGAACAAUAUCCUAUAUCAGAACUCCUCGAUGACAUGGAGAAUUAUCGCCCUCUCCGCUUAUAUCACCUCUGUCAAGGAUCUAAACUUGAGCUUCUCAGACUAGCACGGUCAACAACGCACGGUGGAUACGACGAUCUUAAGAAGCUCUGGCGGCAUGUCGAAAACUUCGGUGAUGAAUUCGCCGAUAUCCUCCUCCUCGCCAAAAAGACGCCCAGCUCUGGAGGAAAGCGCCUCAUGUGGACAGUAUACGCCGCAGCCCUUGACUUCCACGCCUUGCAGAUCCUCUGCUCCAGCCUAGACACCUACAACGAAACGCCUUUCAAGCCCGAGCCCUCCCUAUCCUACAUCUUCAGCGUCGCCACAAAGGCUCUCGAAGAAGAUCCCCGUCAAGUCUACCGUUUCAUGUGGUCGCUCUCCGUAGCACUCAGCAAAACGAAUCAGGCUUGGUUAUCUACCCAGCUUGCAAAAGCAAGGAUUUUACUACCGCGGUUUGGAGUUCCAGGGUUGAUACUUGAGCAAUGUGGGGGCCUAAGCGUUAAUAACGAGGGAGCACAGUAA